AUGCUAACACUGCGACAGGAAAAUCCCCAGAAUUUCAGUCCCCUGCGCAAAUGGACCGUCACCGUCAUGCUCGGCCUGAUGACUAUCCCAGUGGCAUUCACCUCGUCUGUCUUUGGUACCGCCAUGCAGCCAACUUCGCGGCAAUUCGGCGUGUCGCAGGAGGUGAUGGUGCUGGGGACUAGUCUAUUCGUGCUGGGAUUCAGCUUUGGACCAUCAAUAUUCGGGCCGCUAUCAGAAUUGUAUGGACGCAAGAUGCCGCUCUUCGUGGGUUUCUUUAUCUUCGCUGUUUUCAGGAUUACAGUGGCCGUGGCACAGAACCUACAAACGAUUUUCGUCCGUCGGUUUCUCGGUGGUGUUUUUUCCAGUGGGCCAUUGGCAAUUAUAUAUUCGGCCCUGUCGACCGUGCAAUUGCUGUCGCGAUAUUCGCAGCAAGUACCUUCAUUGGCCUCGUGGCCGGCCCUGUUAUCGGCGGCUUCAUUACCAUGUCGUAUUUUUGGUUGCCGCUGGACCGAAUAA